AUGACUGGCUCUAACGUGAAAGUAGUGGUUAACAAGGACACAACAGAUCGGUUCGCGCGCAAUUCUCCUACUUUGAACCACCUGUACAAGUACCCUGUGGUUUCGCGCACUCUGAACCAGGUGGUAUCCACUCCUGUAAUUUCGCAGUUGCUCUCUGUGAUAGUAUUGGUUGUUGCGUCUGUGAGACAUACGCUGGUGGACUCUGAGUAUUCUCCCAAAUUUGUGAAGAUCGGAUAUAACGCAAUUAGUGGGUUCGGACUCAGGUUUGAUGAGCUGGUGAACGUUCUGUUUUUACGUGAAGGUAUAGACGCAUUCUUGAGAGGCUGGGAUUCUCACUCACACAAGCCAGGUUUUUGGCUGUUGUUUUUCUGGGUCGACUACGUGGCCAACGUGUCGAAUAUCCUGUUGAAGCAAUUCGUCGUGCAGCCAUUCAAGCUGAACGUUGAGGAUAAACGUGAGGAAGACACCAAGAGUGACGGUACCUUACCGCAUGUCUCUGAGCUAUCCUCUACUACCAAAAGUAUCUCUAAAGAUUUGCAGAGUAAGUUGCAAUCCGAUUAUAUCGGUCCCACAACUGACUUUGCACGUCAAAAAUAUGACUCGUUGGUGAAACCAACGGCUGACAAGUUGCAAUCCGAGUAUAUCGAACCUACAAGAGCUCAAUUGAACAAAGUCACUGAACCUACGCGUGCUCAGGCCAUGGAAACAUAUAAGAUGGUUUCCAAUGCCUACGAAAACAAUUUCAACAAGUCUGAGAGUGUCCCAAGGGCAGUAGUUAACACUGGGAUCGAUCUCAAGAACUUCACUAUUGAAAACCUAAGAUCCAACAAGUCCGAACUCGAACGUGAUGCCCAGCAUGCUAAGGAGUUGUAUGAGAACAAGAAGGAAACCUUGGGACAAGGUGUUGACGAAAAGCUUGACGCUUUGGGAAACACUUUAAAGAAAUAA